AUGCUCUCUGCCCACUGCGUCUCCUCGCUCCCAGACUUCCUCCCCCUGAAGUGUGAUGCCUGCGAGCAGAUCUUCUGCACCGACCACAUCGCUUAUGCCCAGCACGACUGCACGUCUGCCUACAAGAAGGAUGUGCAGGUCCCCGUGUGUCCCCUCUGCAACACGCCGGUCCCCGUGAGGCGGGGGGAGAUGCCUGAUGUCGUGGUGGGUGAGCACAUUGACCGUGACUGCAAGUCCGACCCCGCGCAGCGCAAGCGUAAGAUCUUCACCAACAAGUGUAUGAAGCCUGGCUGCAAGCAGAAGGAGAUGAUGAAGGUGAUCUGUGACCAGUGCCACAAGAACUACUGCCUCAAGCAUCGGCACCCCCUGGACCACGACUGCAGUGGGGCAGGGCGUCCCCUCUCCAAAGCAGGGCAUGCUGCAGUUGCAAGAGCCCAGGCAUCCUCCUCCAAAACAGUCACUGCAUCGAGCAGUGGAGCUGCCCGGCCAGCAGACAGCCCUUCUUCUCCAGCCUCCACCAGAGGAGGCAGAGCACCCGUGUCGCAGACUCACAGCACCUCCCCUCCGGCUGUCAUGCUGCAGAAUGGGCUGAGCGAGGAAGAGGCACUGCAGCGAGCUCUGGAGAUGUCCCUAGCAGAGUCAGCACGCAGCUCAGCACAUCCACCCAGCAGCACGCAGGAGGAGGAGGAUCUAGCACUGGCCCAGGCGCUGUCAGCGAGCGAAGCAGAGUACCAGCAGUCGCAGCGGCAGGCACACGGUUCGAAGCCAUCGAACUGCAGCAUGUCGUAG